GCAGUGAUGCACAGAUGCUCAUCACAGCUUCACAUUCAAAACGGACGCAAUUAUUCAGUGUUUUAUGCCAAGCAGUUAGAGGUUUGAGAAAUGACAUCAAAUGAAACGAAUCUGAUGACAAAACUUUGGACUAAUCAUGUUCUGGACAACCGAACCCAGGUCAUACCGCUCAACAGCACAGAUUCCCCGCCGGUGGAUGAUUUGGAUGUGAACACGGAUAUUUAUUCCAAAGUGCUCGUGACGUUGAUCUACGCUGUGCUGUUUGCAGUCGGUUUAAUCGGCAACGCCAUGACCCUCUACAUAUCCCUCCAGAGGAGAUCCAUCAAACAUCUCCAAGGGACCGUCCAUUAUCACCUCGCCAGUCUCGCGGUGUCGGAUCUGCUCAUUCUGGUGCUGUGUAUGCCGGUGGAGCUGUACAACUUCAUCUGGGUUCACCAUCCGUGGGCUUUCGGUGAGGUGGUCUGCAGGGGCUAUUACUUUCUGCGGGACGGCUGCUCGUACGCGACGGCGUUCAACAUCGUGAGUCUGAGCGUGGAACGCUACAUGGCGCUCUGCCACCCGUUCAAAGCCAAGAGUCGGAUGUCCCGCGGGCGCACAAGGAGACUCAUCUGCGCGCUCUGGUGCGCGUCGCUCAUUCUCGCCUCACCGAUGCUUUUGACAAUGGGGCAAAUUUAUGUAGGUGAAGAGAGCAUCUGCACCACCGUAGCCUCCAACAACACCGCCAAAACUGUUCUACAGGUCAAUGCCCUUCUCUCUUUUGUUGUGCCAAUGCUGGUGAUCACUGUGAUGAACGCCCUGAUUGGACAUAAGCUCCAGAGAAUGACCUAUCAUGACUUACACUUUUCAACGCCUUCAGAUGUCACAACAGAGACAAACCGUGAGCGUUCCCUACGCCAUAGCGUCAAAGUCCUACGUGGGGUUGUUUUUGCUUUUGUUUUAUGUUGGUUUCCUUAUCACUGUCGCCGACUGAUGUACUGCUAUGUAAUGGAGUGGACAAAUGCAUUUUAUGAUUUCUACCAUUACUUUUACAUGGUGACAAAUGUACUUUUCUAUAUGUACUCUAAAAGCCAGAGGACUAACAAGAGCAAAAGGAGCUUACAACUAUCACAGCACCUUCGUUCAUCUCUGGUCACACCCCGUAACAGCCAACAGACCCUUUAUCCCAUGGUGAUCAUGGAGACUAUGUACUGAUGUUAAUUCUGUCUGGACUUUUAGACUUGUUGACUACAAAUGUAUGUGUUGCUGUUUUGUUCCAUCAGUGUUGAGGGACAGUGUUGAAAUUAUUUUGCAUAAUUUCAGAACAAAGGGCGUGCAGAAUUGUCAAGUUUUUGACAAACGUUUUGACUUU